UGUUUUCUCUAUGGAAAGAUGGUCCAAGUCAUGGGUAGUAUCUUGUUGGAAGUAACAUCAAAGGGAAAGACAGCCUGAGUACCGCUUAUAUAUAUCUCUUGGAUCUACGUAUGAUGGCUUGUCUCGUGAUUUAUAGGCUGGGCUAUGAAACGGCAGAAGCGAACAUGGGAUCAAGGUCCGGGCUGCAAGAGUACUGUACUGAUUUGCGUGGGUCGUUUUCGGUUGCGACACUCGCGAACCCGAGGCAUCACACAGUAAAAACAUCAUCAUCACCACCUCAUGGCGUGAGCGACGGACUUUCGAGUCCUGCUUGCUGGGAUCGGUCUGAGAACGAGGACAUGGGUAGUGGUAUCCAUGGUCUUACGCUAGAGGACUGGAAUAAAAGUGCGCAGGAGGGCCACGGAAAAGAAGUCGAAGAUAACACGGUGAUCUGGCGAUAUCAAGUCCAUUCAAGUGGUUCGAUCGUGUGAUUCUGUGGCUCUUCAAGGUGAUCUCGGAGCGACAAAUCCCGGCAACGAGCCGUAUCCGGACUGGAGGCCGGACCUCGUUCGGGGUUUCUUGUGGGGGAAAGCCGUGGGGAUUGGUGACAGACAGGCCGGACGGCGUGGACGGAAGUGGUCAAAUGAGCCGGGACCGCCGCCGGGUCUGCAAGUGGGUGGAGCUUUUCACAAGCCCUGGGUAAAAACGAC